AUGGCGGCCGUGGCUGCGGAGCCAGGAGCUGCUGCGGCAUCAACAACAGCGGGGGACGGGGUCGAGUACGAACCAGAGCCAGCUGAGCAUGUGGCCAACCCAGAGGCCCACUCGACGCAGGACUUCCUCCCAGAAAUGGACCUUUGUCACCAACCCAAGGAUGUGGAUGCAGCUCAGGAAUGCAGCCAGGUCCGAAUGGAAAUAAGAAGGCCGGACCUCCAAGCCGCGGGAAAAGCCCUUACUGUCCAUGCAGAGGAUGGGCACACCGAGACGGAUGGUUCUCGGAGCCGCGUGGAUACAACCGAGGAGGACGUUUUUACGGACUAUACACAUAAAGACAUUACCGUUGUGGAGGAGCGAUUGAAAGAACCGUUUUCGUCAAAUGUGGAGGCUGCUAACGAGGUCGGUCCUCACGAAUCCAACGCCUGCCUUUUGCCCAGUUCCAUCUCUGACUCGCAACCAUCCGUGGUGUUCUUGCAUUCUCUGCCUGCUCAUCCUGUUAAAACAGAGUCUGGGCUGUCCCUGUCUGAAACCGCCGAACCGGCCGUUGAAUAUUACGAUAAUCCAGAGACAACGCGUCCUGCUGAUAUAGAUACUGACUUCAUACGUUUGAUACAGCCGUCUCAUGAGACAAACUUGGAGCCUGCAGCUGCGAACGAUGCUCCGCUGUCAGAAUUUAGACCUGCGGAGGAUGCUUUCCAUGAACGCCCUCAGCCUUCAGAUCGUCUUGAGUCUCUGUCCAAUUUAGAGGAAACCUCGCUCGGAGAAUCUAUUGGACAAAGUUGCAUCAGUGACUUUUCUAAUGGGUUCAGUAAGGAAUCUCCCGAACUUCCAAUAGUCGUGGAACAGUCGCUCAUCUCGUCAGAAUCGGAGGAUGUGCAUGCACAUCCUGUUUUGAGUUUCAAAACAGACCUCAGCGACCCAGGGACUGAUCCGGAGCUGAAACCUCAGGUGCCCUGUGCAGAAACUAUCGAAAGACACCCUGAGACGAUCGAGGGUCUCGUACCUGGGACGGAGGUUCGAGUGUCGCUGGAUCACAUCAUCGACGAUGCACUUGUCGUGUCAUUUCGUUUAGGCGAAAAGAUAUUCUCCGGGGUGCUAAUGGACCUUUCGAAAAGGUUUGGACCCUAUGGAAUUCCAAUAACUGUAUUCCCCAAGAGAGAGUACAAGGAUAAACCAGAAUCUAUGCAGCUUAAGAUGGAAGCAUUCCAGUCAGAGACUGAGAAGGGUGUUGCUCAAGGACCUCCUGAAGCCCUUCCAAAGGAACCUGUCCAGGACCCAUCAGUGCUCCAACCCAGCCCAAACUCUCAACCCAACCCAUGGACCUCAAAACCACCCCCUUUAUUUCAGGAAGGGGCCCCUUACCCUCCUCCGUUGUUCAUCAGGGACACCUACAACCAGUCAUUACCUCAGCCUCCACCCCGCAAGAUCAAACGGCCAAAGCGCCGGCUGUACAGAGAGGAGCCUACAUCCAUCAUGAACGCCAUCAAGCUCCGACCGAGACAAGUGCUGUGUGACAAAUGCAAAGGGGCUGUGGUGCAAGUGGACAAGCGCGAGACACGCAGGGGCCCCAUUUCAGACUGCCGUAAUGAUGAUGCGAAACGUCGUCGUGGCGACAGUGCCACCGCUGCAGCGGGCAAGCGGCACCGCAGCGAUGCACGCUCUGAGGACAGGGGUCGCGCCGCAGACGGGCCCAAACGGCAGGCCACAACCAUACGGGUCACUUCCUCUUCCACUUCUGCCCUGAGCCAGGUGAAGGGGGCAGCGGCAGGGAGCAGAGUGGUGAGAGGAGUGUCCACGGCGGCACCGUCCUCAGCCACCAGCGCUUCCCGAGUGCAGCUCAACGCCAAGAAGGUGCUGCAGAGCAAAAAUGUUGACCACUCAAAGGCGAGGGAGGUGCUGAAGAUGGCCAAGGCUCAGCGGAGGCAGAGGGAGACGGUCACCGCCGGGAGCAGCAGCAACACCAAGGCCAUGACGAGGGCCGCAGCUCUUCAGGAGGCUCACCAGAAGGUCCACUUCACCCGACGACUGCAGCAGAUCAGUGGAGGAGGACCUGGCAUGUCCAACCCCCUGCCACCCAGGAUGCGCAUCAAGCCCCAAAGGUACCGUAACGAAGAAAACGAUUCUUCCUCAUGUAAGCCGCCUUGCUUGGAGAAAGUGCCAGGUGGGGGGCGCUUAACGCUGCCCAAGCUAGCUGCGCCCCGCUGCAACUCCACACGCUCCCCUGCCUCCCCCUGCUCUGCAGGCCAGGCUGCCACUGCUGCAGAGCCUCAGGGGCUAGACAGAGCGCCCGAGUCCCCAUUGAGCCAGGCCCAACCCCAACCGCACCCCCACUCAGCUCUGGAGCACAGGGACCCCCAGCCUGAGCCCGAGGAACAGGAGGGGCGGGAGACGCGCGGGAGCAAGGCUGGCAACCUGGUGGUCUACAUGACCCUUAAACCCAGCCAGCCCGACUCCUCUAGCACAUCUGUGUGCAGUGUCGAUAGCGCUGAUGACUUAAAGUCAUCAAACUCUGAGUGUAGCUCAACUGAAACCCUUGACUUUCCCCCUCCCGGUGAGUUCCGAUCGGCCCCUGCCCCCGGCACAUCAUCUGCUUUUACCGCCACGCCUCCCCCUGCUCCCAAGGAUGAAAAAAAGCGCAGUAAAUCCCUCAAAGCCGCUGUUUUUUCAAAAAAUGUCUCAAAGUGUGUUGCCCUGGAUGGCAGGACCAUUUGUGUAGGGGACAUUGUAUGGGCUAAAAUUCUUGGCUUCCCUUGGUGGCCCGCCCGGAUCUUAGCCAUCACAGUGAGCCGCAAAGAUAAUGGGCUCUUAGUCAGGCAGGAGGCCCGCGUCUCCUGGUUUGGGUCACCUACCACUUCCUUCCUGGCCAUUACUCAGCUUGCCCCCUUUCUAGAAAACUUCCAGUCUCGUUUCGACAAGAAGAGAAAGGGCCUGUACCGUAAAGCCAUCACAGAGGCCGCCAAAGCAGCCAAACAGCUCACUCCUGAGGUUCGCGCCUUGCUAACUCAGUUUGAGACGUGAGGCCGUGUGCCUUUUUAGAAGGUAGGCAAAGCAGGCACCACAAAAAACUCCAUCCCUCUUACUGUACCCAGCCACAUGGCAGAAAGAAGCCCAGAAAGAGUCAGGCCAGGCACCCAGGACUCUAUUUAUUUUCAUGGAAAAGGCAGAAAUUAGGGGGGUGGGAAAGGUGAUUGUUGUUGGAAAUUGAUAAUGCUGAAUAAUGGUAAAGAAAGGAAAUUGUUCUCAUUAGUCAUGUUAAGUUUUAUUAUGUUUAACUUGAUUUUCCUUUGAGCCCAUAUGCCUUAUCUAAUCAUCAUUUGAUAUUUUUACAUCAGUAUAUUACUGUAUUUUUCCAUAGUGGAAGUAUAGUUAAAGCCUUUUCUCAUAAAUCACUCAUUAGCUUAUGAAAAUGAAAACAAUAUACUGAAAGAAUCUAUCAGUGAGGGAAAGUCAGUCAAUAUUUCUUAGAAAUAUUGUUUACAUAAUCAGGCUUGAUUUUUGUGUGUGUGUUUUAUUUAUAUAUAAUAUAAUAUUAUAAAAUAUGGGAGAGAGAGGCCAGUGGGAGCUUGAAAGCACCAGUUUAGUGUUUUUAUAGUUAGAACCUCACAGCUCAGUGUAUGCAAUAUCUUUUUCAACUCCAGAAAGCCACUGAGUCUAUCUGCUACAUGUGGAAGUCAGUGAAAUGUGAAGACUCAUACUGGUGGAUACCCACUCUCUUCCUUAGGCAGGUAAAGAAACUCAACUGGUGCUGCUCCUCCUUGAGACAUAAUCAGAUGCUGGAUCUUGGUCCUGUGGUCUGAGUAGAGGAGUCGUGAUGUGGGCGUGGCUUUGCAGGCAGUUUGUAGCUGGGCUUCUGCUGGAGGUGUCUGUAAGCCAAAGUCACCUCAAGUGCCAGUAAAAAGAGAGAGCAGAGGCCCUGCUUAUCUCUUAGCAGUGAGAACCAUAGGCAGACCUGCCAGAUGAACUGAGCAGCGCACCCCCCCGCCAAAUCCCCUGCCAAAUCCCCUGCCACCAUGUCCACCCCUCACAACUGCAACAUCUGCUCCCCUCACUCCUGCUUUCCAGUCCCUCGCUGCACGGCUCAUCCCUGCUCUUUGCCACUUGUCUGCCUGUCUCGCAGUCACUUUCUCUCCUACCUAUGUCAUCUACUUGUCUUCUUACUGUUUCAUGCAUGCCAGGUUUUAGCUUAAAUACUUCCGUUCACAGCUAAGACCCUAUUGUUCUAGUGUGGGUGUGGAAGGUCUUGUUUGUUUUUAACUGCUGGGCAAUUAUUUGUUCAAGCCAUUUUUAUCUUUUUGCUUUAACACACGCGCACUUUGUUGUAAUGGAGCAUUGAAAUUCAUCACUACUAUAAGUUGCAUUACACCGUUCAGAGAGAGGACUGUUACUUACCCAUAAUGUCUUGCUGAUGACUAGAACACUGAAGUACAAGACAGGAGUUGUGAUGAGUACAUAUGAUGGACCAUAAUUAUGGGUUAGGACUUCUUGUUGGCUUAGUAGUUCAAUUAUUUCUUCUGAUUUUAGUGUUCAUUGUCUCUCUGCUUAACUGUAAGCUGAGGAAUGUGUUUUAAAUUUAUUUGUUGUGCCUGAACUUUAUAAUUUUUUUUGUCAUUUCACAUGUUGGAUUAUAGGGCUGAACAUCAGGAAUACACAUUUGUAUAUACAGUAUUGAAAAUGUAUUUUGCCAGAUCAAUUGGAUGAGGAAUGGCUUAAAUCUUAUUUCAUAACCGAGAACAAAAGGUUUUAAGUUUGUGUGGCUCAAGUGAGCGUUAUGUCAUGAGAAAAUGUGUAAUUUUUGAUUUGUAUUCAUGGUUGUCUUUCAAUUGCAUACCAAUUAGCAUUCUGAACUGUAUUUACCCACCUGAGAAGGGACAUACUGUAAGAUAGCCUGGUCUUUCCAAGUAUGGAAUUCAAGUUGGCAGAGAUCAGUGGCUUGAGAGAGAAAACCCCCACACUUUGCUUGGUAGACCACACUGACUGACUGAUGGACUUUUGUCAAAAGCAGAGCAAAAAUGGUAUUUAUUUUGGUGUUUGGCUUUGUUUUAUUUCAACCUCUUCUUUUUUAUUUUACUUUUGUUAUUUCUAUCUGUUUGCAGGUCAGAGAAUGCUGUAAAACCAUUGACAAAGUUACAGUGGACGAUAUUGUGUACAUGUUUUCUGAUGUUUUAAGAGUAUAUAAAUAAAAU